AUGCGUUUCCGGGCUUCUCCUUUGUCUGCUCUUGGGGGCAUCGGUGUCUCGAUCACAAACCCCAUUCUUUCAGCCGUCCAAGCUGUUAUUAACGGCGACGGACUGGUUGAAGGGGCACUGGGCGCCGUGGAGGGUGCCCUUGGUGUCGAAGCCACCUAUGAUUACGUCGUAGUCGGCGGAGGCACGGCAGGUAACGCCAUCGGGUACCGCUUGGCGGAGGCCGGCUUCUCGGUCGCCAUCAUCGAGGCCGGUCUAUAUUAUGAGAUUGCUAAGCCCGUCCUCGGCACGACGCCUGGUGGUGACAUUAUCGGUAUCGGAUCUAGCAUUCUUGACUCGAUACCGACGGUCGACUGGGAGUUUCUCACAGAGCCGCAGGCUGGUGCCAACAAUCGCGAAAUUCAUUAUGCCCGAGGCAAGUGUCUCGGAGGCAGUUCCGCCCUCAACUUCAUGAUUCAUCACCGUGGUAGUAUUGGGAGUUAUGAUAUGUGGGCCGAAGAGGUUGGCGAUGACAGCUAUAAAUUCGAGUCCUUCCUCCCCUAUUUCGAGAAGUCCGUCAACUUCACCCCACCAGACAUUACCAAGCGCCGAGCCAACGCCUCAACUCAAUACGAUCCGAACGCAUUCACCACACCUGGUGGCCCCGUACAAGUUGGAUACACCAACUGGGUAGCAGUUUGGUCAACAUGGUUGGAGAAGGGGAUGCAGGCUAUUGGCAUGAAUGCAACGGCUGGCUUCAGCAGUGGCAACCUCCUCGGAUACCACUACUCCCAGUCCACCAUCCGCGCCUCCGACCAGACCCGCAGUACUUCUGCAGAGUAUAUAUACACCGCAGUCAACGAUGAUCUGGACAACCUGAAGGUGUACACCCAGACCUUGGCCAAGAAGAUAGUCUUCAACUCGAACAACACCGCAACCGGCGUCCAAGUCAACAGUCUGGGUAUCGGUUACACCAUCCAUGCCUCCAAGGAAGUAAUCCUCUCAACGGGCGCCUUCCAAUCGCCCCAACUGCUAAUGGUGUCCGGAAUCGGGCCCAAGGCGACCCUAGACGAGCUCGCCAUCGACGUCGUCGUCGAUGCGCCCGGUGUCGGCCAGAACAUGUGGGACCACAUCAUGUUCGGGCCGGCCUACGAGGUGAACUUCGACACCUUGGACCGGGUGCUGCACGACCCGGUGGUGCUGGCGGAGUCGCUCGCCGACUACGUGGCGGACGGAACCGGGGCCCUGUCGUCCAACGUCGUCGAGUUCCUGGGCUGGGAGAAGCUGCCCGAGGCGUACCGCGCGACCUGGUCCGCCGAGACGCGGGACGCCAUGGCGCGCUUCCCCGCCGACUGGCCCGAGGUCGAGCACAUCUCCGGGAACGGCUACAUCGGCAACUUCCGCUUCCCGGCGCUGCAGCAGCCCCUCGACGGGAAGCAGUACGCCACCAUCCUCGGCGCGAUGGUCGCGCCCGUUUCCAGGGGCAAUGUGACGAUUAAGUCGUCCGACACGGCCGUCCUGCCUCUCGUGAGCCCGAACUGGCUCACCGCGAAGGCGGAUCAGGAGGUCGCUGUUUCCUGGUGGCGCCGCAUGCGCGAGGUGUGGAACACGGACGUCGUCCAGGAGAUCGUCAUCGGCGAGGAGUACUGGCCCGGCGUAGACCAAGACACGGACGAGGAGAUUCUUGCCGUUAUCCGCGAUGCGCUCAUGACGGUGUGGCACGCCGCCGGCACGUGCAAGAUGGGCAAGGAGAGCGACGCCACAGCGGUCAUUGACAAUGAGGCCAAGGUCUUUGGUGUUCAGGGGCUGAGGGUCGUGGAUGCGAGCAGUUUCCCCAUCCUGCCGCCUGGUCACCCGCAGAGCACCAUCUACGCGUUGGCGGAGAAGAUUGCUGAUGGGAUUAUCAAUGCAUGA